AAUGCGAGCAUAUGAAAGAUUUAUGUGUUCCCUCUGGUACACUUUUCCUUUUUGUUCUUGAUUUGCAGUGCAGGGAUGGAUCUGCAUGUAACCCAAAACAAAAACUUCCAUCUGAAUUUUGUUUUCUAUAUAUCUCUGCAAAUAAUAAUCCAAACAACUUUGUCUCAUUCAGCUACAACGAACUGCUCUGCCUACUGUGGAAACAUUCCCCUGCAACACCCAUUUGGCUCAACCCAAGGAUGUGGAGCAUUCCCAUACAAGCAAAUGCUACAAUGUGAUCACAAAGCCCAAAAAGUUAAUCUCCGCACAACCUAUGGACUGUUUGAAGUCCAAGGCAUAGACUACAAAACCCAAACCAUGACAAUCUCUGACCCCUCCAUGUCUACAUGUUCUUCCCUCAAUCCCAUUACACACCAACAUUUCUCAAUGGAUUCCGUCCUUCCCCCCACACCCCACAACACCAUUCUUCUCCUUAAUUGCCCUCUUGCUCUCGCCUCCUCUGGAUUGUGCAAGAAUAUUAGCCAGAUCUUAACAGCAAGUCUGCCAGGGUUUCUUUCUGAAUCUUGUCAUAAGCAUUGUGGAGUAGGGCUGAAAGAGCCAGAACAGGGCUCCUACUCUUCUUCUUCCUUGCCUUGCUGUGCAACUGACUUUGAGAGGCUGGGAAACCGUAGCUUGGGAGAGUUGCAGUGUAAGCACUAUGUCAAUGUGUAUGGUGGAGUGGAAGGGAGUAAGUGGGGUUAUGGAAUUAGGCUAUCUUUCAAUCUUCCUGACCAGAUUCCUGAUGUGAGGCUGUGUGACGAGUGUGAUAAGCAAGAUGGGAAUUGUGGUAUUGGAAUCAAGUGCAUUUGUCAUCCUCACGAAUGCGAGAAUACUGUAAUGUCAAGAGCAGCUUUGCAAUCUCCAUCAUACAGAACCAUCUAUGGUGAAUUAUUGUUUUGGUCUAUCUUCACAGGGCUUGGUUUGUGGAACCUGCUGUGAGCCAUGAAAAUUUCUCAAGCUUAUAUUUCUUUACAUGGAGGAGAUGCCCUGUACAUGGUAUACAGCUAAGCUGGUUUGUUGUAAUAGACUUCUUAUCUUGCAGGUAUAGCAGGACAAAAUCAUUAUUAUGUGCCUUCACUUGAUUGAGAGUUAAUCAAAUUCCUGUGGUUAUUGUUGUUUCUACAAAAAUGUAGACUAACUCAACUACAAGAAAACUAAAAGUGGACAAAGUUUGUUUAUGUUUCACAUACAGUCAAGUUGCAAUUGUAGAAUGACUCACUUGAAUUUUCGAAGGAUGAAUAGAAAAUACAAUAACCUAAUUUGUUUUUA